AUGCUCCGUCAAACACCGAGGCCACAGCCGUCGAAAUCUCCGCCCAGCCACCGUCACUCUGAUUCCACAACAACUUUGAUCAGCCACCACGCUUCUUCCGCAGACGCUCGCCACAACCGCAAGACCUCUCGUCCGGUGACAAACCUCCCUCCAUACCUUCUGACCUCUCACCGUGCAUCUCCAAUCACCGCCGAACAUUCACGCCAUCGCAUCUGUCCAGUCGCAACCUCCAGCCCCCGCUCAAGACAGCCUCUGUCGCACCGCACACCCACCGGACCUUCAUCGACGAAGCUACCCCUAGAAGGAGAGCAUUGUGAAAGGAAAAAGAGAAUGUGUGAAGCAGAGAAAAUCAAAAAUUGGGGUUUGUCUUCUCUCUCCCAACGAGUUGUGUCAUGUAUGACAUAUUGUUUUGUUUUGUUUUCUUUUUUUUUCUUAAAUUGA